AUGGCGGGGAGUCCGCUUCCCCAUAGAUCACAGAAGCAGGUGAGAGAAGAGACCCGGCGGGUACUGGAAGCGUUCCUGCAAGGAGUACUGAGCCCCAGAGAUACAGGGCCCUUGGGUCAUGUGGGCCGCACCUACCAUGACCCCCAACGUUACAUAUACAGAUCUCCGACCGAACAUGCCCAACCCUGUCCAAUCUGGUCCAACGUCCAUGAGGAGAUUAACCGUGUGGAAGAGAGAAAACAUGGCUUCCGUACCAGUAUCAAGCGCCUCUUGCAGCGGCGGCCCAGCCCCCGAACACCCCCUGACAGCCUCCCUCCCUCCAAGGAUUCCUUAAAGCGGUCCAAGUCUGGAGGAGAGGGGGCCCACCAGAAACGUAGCUUCUCCUUCAAGAGCCUCCUACGGAAGAAGGGGAUUCCCUCAGGGGAGAUGGGAGGCCCUGCUGGACCCGGUCAGCGCCCCGACUCCUUGCCUCUUGCUCCUUGUUACUGUGAGCAACUUCCUGCUGUCCAGACAGAGCCCCAAGCAACCAAUAAUGAGGCAGAGGAUACUGAAUUUUAUACACUGGUGGCCCAGAAACUGGACCACUUGAUAAAGCAGCAGCAACUGAUGAGCCCUUCCACAGGAAAAGGCUUGCCUUCUCCCACGGACGAGUUCCGCACUCUUUCUACAAAUUCUGCAUCUGGCACAUCAGUUAAUUCGAUUACACUGGAGGGAGGCACGAACGAGAAAGAGCAAGUCCUCCAGAAACUGGUCGCCCUCUUGGAAGAACAGGCCGGGAUCAUCAACAAGGAGAUCGAAUCAGACCCGCUGCUCCGGAGCACCAUCUCCCGCCUGUCUUACCGCAGCUUCUCCCGCAUGGCUGAGGCCUUCACCUCCCGUGCUCCACCUGGUAUCCCAAGUCCACAGCUGGCCAAGUUAGCCCUCACCAUGGAGCUUACACGAAAAGUAGCCGGCAUCAACAGCCACGCCGUGCACACCCUCAUGGGCUACAGUCUGCAAUAUAUGGAUAUGUUUGUGCCAUGGUUACAGCAACAAGGUGGCUGGGAGAAUAUUGUGGCUCAGGACGAGAUUUUUGACCUACAGAUAGAUUAACCCUCGCAAAGGAAGGUUGGGGUGGGAUCUGUAUGCUCUCAAUCCCACCACCACCAUCACAUGCCAAUGUUCUUAUGGCUGGGACGCUAGGGAGGGUACGCACUUGGGAUUUGUUUUCAGAAAACUGUCCCCUGAGGGGUAUCUUUUUAAUCGUUCAGAAAAGUUCUCUUAUUUCUCUCCUCACCAGGAGACAUGCCAAAGAGAUUUCUUCCUAACACUGUGAGUGGACCUCGAUUUUUGACAAUUGCAGGGCUAAAGCACUAAAUCUUGGGAUCGACACUAACGGAUUAGCAGUGUCACCCUAAACAAAGUUAUACGUUCAUUGAUUUCAAUGGAUUUAGGAGAUAACUUUGUUUCGGAUUGCAUUAACCCAGUUAUUGCCAGCUUGGAACCAUUUGCACUACUUUUGAGCUUUAUUUUAUUGAAAAUCUGUUCUUCCAAUAUUUAGAGGUCUGUUUUUUACAUUUGUAAUUCUCUGGGGAAAGGAGAUUUGGGACUCUUAGAAAAAAUGGAAAAGGUAGUGUAUGAAAAGCAAGGAAGAGGAUGACAUGAAAAAAUCAGGUGUUUUUUAACUGGCUCACUCUGUGGCUGCUUAGAUGCACUCCAUAUUUUAAAAAUUCCCUACUAUGAUGAGGACUGGCAACUUGGUUGUGUUUUUUAAAAUGAAAUGAUAACUGUGAAUUUCUGGGUUUCGCUGGAGGGACAUAAUCCUUCCAUCUGUUAAAAUUAUUCUGUGUGCCUUAUACUCAAAUGAGAACUGAAUGUGAUCCUGUAUACACUUACUCAAAAGGAAGUGUAACUGAGUUUGGUGUAUAUAAUAAGCAGCUAGGUAGGUUGUACCCUGAGACUUCAAGCCUGCUGUAAAGCUAACUUGAGUUUAAUGGGACUAUCUACCAAAUAAAUUUGCAUAGUUCUGGCCACAAACUCAGGGAACAUAUGUGAAUGUUUACAUAGAACACUAAUAGAGCUUUGGAAGAUGUGAUUUUUUUA